AUGGUCCACAUCAAAGUCGACUCCCAAUUAACGACCGACGUUAUUCCGGCGAAACCAAUUAAAGCCGGGAACCGAUUUGUCGCAAUCAAGGAUAAAGAUUCAAAAUUGGCUUGCUUCAGUCUCAGCGAUGAGAAGAAGUUGAAUCUUAUUCUUAAUAUCCAAGGAGUUCACACUCUCAUCAAUUUCGGCAAAUUAGUUGGAAUCGAGACGGAUAUUCGGACCUUUGACGUUCAACAAUCGCCAAAUCUGUCUUUGGACAUUUGCAUUGCCACUGAUAGUGGUGAUAAUAAAUCGAGCUUGUUGCUUGUUCAUAAGCUUGAUGUCAGCGGUUUAUCUAACCCAGUACCUACUUCAAACAUUAUUAGAGGAGCGGAUGUUCCGGCUGUUCAUCACAUCUUCCUGAGCGACUCUGAGUCCGAGUCAGAAUACCCUUUGAUACUUGCUGCUUUCCAACCUCUUGAAAGAAUCACAAAGGAGGAACAAGUCGGCUUUGUUCAUGUUGUGGAUGGUUCUCUCUCUUUGAAUACUAAAUGGACUUUGGAUACCAAUUCCGAGAAGAUAUUCGAUGUUGCCUUUGGAACAUCGCCUCUUGGUGAAGGCUUGUUCGUGCUUUAUGAGAUCGGUGGAAAGAGAAAAGUUCAAUUCAAGAUCUUUCGAGGCCGAAGCGAAGGUUUUGUAGUUGAGCCAGAGAUUCCUCAAGACACGCAAUGCAUCUCUACCUUUUUUGAUGCCGUGAAAAGGAAUUCGGUCCUUAUUACAGGUGGCAGCACUAUAACGGCACUGAGAUCCUCUGAAUACAUGUUGCCGGCAAAAGCGGGACAGGUCAUCACUUCAAAAUCAGAAGGCGCCAUCGGCGUUAAGGACUUGCACAUUGUACAGGAUUCUGAACAUGUUCGAAUCUUCUAUACGACUGCGGAUGAAAGUCUCUUAUACUACGACACCACUGUAACUGACCUCUCCAACGGUUCAACAGGAACAUUGUUGACGGAAGGAAAUUCGACUCGUUUCUCUAGCAUUUCGGCCGCGGCCGAAGAUUCCAAUGGCAGCAAGACGAGACUAAAUACUCUUCUGUCUGUUGACGAAGACGGGAACCUUACCUUACUCCAGCAGAGCUCCCACGAUUCUCGAUGGAAUAGGUAUCCUUUCUACCAUGCCUCCGACAGUGGUACUCUUGAAACCGAAGGCUAUGUUGUCCGAAUCCAAGUCACUCCAGGCAGUGAAGGGAGUGAUAGUGACGAAGAUCCUUCUAUAAUCCCUUAUUGCUCGCUUCUCGUAUCCUCGUCAGGGUAUAUCAAAGGUCUCGUCAAUGGACAAGAGGUUGAACUUUCGCAGGCGGGUAUAUGGCUCCGAACGGACGCUACUGGUGUAUUAACCAUUGUCUUCACAACCACGGAUGUUUCUGGCCAGAAUAUUGAAGUCGAGUCCUUCCGUCCAGGAAAGAGACUUGACACUGGUGAUUUUAAUAAACAGCAAUUAGGACAACAGCAUGCUCUGGCGGGUCCAGGCGUCGGAGGACUUCACGCCGGACUAAUGGCUUCGAAUCUUAGUGGUGUGUCCGGGAUUGGUGUAACUUCUUCCUUUUUUAAUAUUGGUGAUGUCGCUAAAGAUGUUUGGAACACUGGGUCGCGCACUGCAGGAGAUGUAUGGAGGGUUGGAGGACGUACGGCAGGGAAUAUUUGGCACGAAGUCGAAGACGCUGGGAAAACUGUGGGGCGUGCGGCUGGUGGAGUUAUUCAUACGAUUGGAGGUCUGUUUUCAUAG